AUGGCCCCCCAUUUCCGUGAGAAGCUUGCCAUUGCCAUUCACGAUAUUGCUAUUGGCAUUAGCCGUCGCUUCAUACGGCCAUCUAGCGUAUUUCCUAAUAAUACGCAGCAGGACGUGCGAGCCGAGGCUUCACAAGAGGAUGACGAAGAGGGCAUGAAUGCUAAGCAAUAG